UGCUUGCCUUCAAAAACUUGUCAAAUUUUUUGGUUCCCGACACGUUCACGACGUUUACGGCAGCAAUUCAAUUUGUAAAUUAAUUAUAAUGUAGACUUGUUAUUUCAGUAUACCUUGUUACGAAAUUAUUAUCGCAGUAGGCAAAAUGUCUGAAAGCAUUCAUAAAAUAAGGCUAUUGUUAUGGAAAAACGGUACUCUGGUAAAACGAAGUUAUGAAGCAGUACUUUUGGAAUGGUUAUACCCUGUAAUAAUAUGUCUGUUUGUGAUUUUCUUAUUGAGGCCUCGUUAUGAGGUUUCUGAUGUGAACCAAACAAUUUACGAAGGAUUUACUCCCAAACCUGGAUCCCUCUGCUUUAUUUCCAGUAAUAAAACAAUCUCUAUUGCGUAUUCGCCAACAAGUCCGCUACUAGAAGAUAUACUGAAAAAAGUGUGUUUAGAUGAAACAAAACCAAAAAUAAGUAUAAAAAGCUUCAAAAAUUCUAACGAACUAAAUGCUGCAAUAAAAAAAGACAAAUUUUCUUUUGCUUUACAAAGUGACGAUUUUUUGUUCGGACUUACGGACAGACGCAAAUUGCCUGAUAAUUUAAAUAUUAAUCUGCGACUUCCCUCAGAAAAUUAUACCACUAAUGAUAUUCAACCAUGGUUCACAAAUCUACGGUAUCCACUUGAUCUAACAUCAGGUCCAAGAAACUAUUGGGAAGAUGUUGCUGAAGAACCAGGUUACGAGAGUAGAGGUUUUCUUUAUUUACAAACAUUUAUAACUCUGGCUCUUACUAAUAAUUCACAAAGUCCUAAGAUACUAAUAAAUCGAUUUUCGUAUCCAAAAUGGUCAGAAGACAAAUUUUAUUCUAAAAAAUCUGAAACUCUAACUGGGUUCCUCUUAGUUUGCGCGUUUACGUAUACAGUUAAUAACUUAGCAAAGGAUAUAACAACCGAAAAAGAAAAACAAUUGAAGGAAUCUAUGAAAGUGAUGGGUCUUCCUGGAUGGUUACACUGGUUAGCAUGGUUUCUACGAGGCUUACUCUUAACACUCGUGACGGUUAUUUUAAUGACUGUUCUUCUAAAAAUUGCCUUUACAAGUAGACCAGUGUUUGUCUCUUCUGAUGGUACCAUUAUAUUCGUAUUUCUUCUACUUUUUGGAUGCAGUUGCAUAACGUUUACGUUUCUACUAUCCACGCUAUUCUCCAAAGCAACUACUGCAGUUAUAGUAUGUACUAUUCUAUACAUAGUCGCAGUGGUGCCCGCAUUUCUGCUGCAAACGCACAAUGACGUACCACCACAAGGUGCAAAGAUGGGAGCAUGUCUCUUAGCUCCUAGCGCAAUGUUUUUCGGAAUAUCAGUUUUGUUCAAGUUUGAAGGAAUUGGAGAGGGAAGUCAGUGGGACAACUUGUUUAAAAGCACAUCGCCAAGUGACAAAUUAACACUUGGUAUUAUUUUUGUAUUCCUAAUUGUUGACACAUUGUUGUAUAUGGUUCUUGCUCUUUACUUGGAAGCAGUAUUCCCAGGCGAUUUUGGAGUACCACAACCGUGGUAUUUCCCUUUUACGCGAGCUUACUGGUGUAGCAAACCUCCAGUUUUAAGGACUGAACAGCCAACUGAAAUGAAAGGAAAUUUUUUUGAAGAAUUUUCGGAAAAACUUCCGGUCGGAAUAAAACUAGUAAAUCUUUCCAAAUCAUUCGGAAGUCAUACUGCAGUGAAAAAUCUAAAUUUGGACAUGUAUGAAGGCCAUAUCACAGUUUUGCUUGGACAUAACGGUGCUGGUAAAACGACCACCAUGUCUAUGAUUUGUGGGAUGUUUCCGCCUUCCGGUGGAACAGCCAUUAUAAAUGGGUAUGACAUAAGGACCAACAUCCGCAACGUUCGGGAAAGUAUGGGGAUAUGUCCUCAACACAAUGUGCUCUUUGACAAUUUAACAGUUCGGGAACACUUGCAUUUCUUUGGUGAAUUGAAAGGACUGAAGAAGAACGAAAUCAAUGAAGAAAUUGAUGACUAUAUCAAAGUUCUGGACUUGGAAGAUAAGAAAAACACCUAUUCGAAAAAUUUGUCUGGAGGUAUGAAAAGAAAGCUAAGUGUUGGGAUAGCACUGUGUGGCAAGUCUAAAGUAGUGAUGCUUGAUGAACCAACAGCUGGAAUGGACCCUUCGGCUCGGAGAAAAGUUUGGAAUUUGCUCCAGAAGCAAAAAACUGGACGAACGAUUUUACUAACAACUCACUAUAUGGACGAGGCUGAUUUACUAGGUGAUAGAAUUGCAAUAAUGACAGCGGGUGAAUUGCAAUGUUGUGGAUCUAGUUUUUUCUUAAAGAAAACUUAUGCUUCCGGUUAUUAUCUAAUCUUGGAUGUUACACCAAAGUGUAGACCAAGUGACAUUACCAACCUAUUGAGAGAAUACAUACCGUAUCUACAAGUCCACUCUCAUAUUGGCUCUGAGUUAACUUACAAACUGCCCGAGGAGUCACACAAAUUUGAGGCACUCUUAGGUACUCUAGAGUCUAGAGCUGGAAGCUUGGAAAUUCAAAAUUUUGGUAUCUCACUGGCAACAUUAGAAGAAAUUUUUUUGAAAGUUGGUGCCGAUAAUGAUGGUAAAACUUUAAGACAAAAUGAAAAUAACAAAAAAGAAAGUACUAAAGAUACAAGUCGUUAUGAAGGUUUUAGCUUACUACUCAAUCAGAUUAUGGCAAUGAUACUUAAAAAGGUGUUAGCUACGUUCAGAUCUUGGAUGUUGUUUUUGAUGCAAGUCAUUAUACCGAUUCUGAUUGCGUUAACCAUCAUUGGAACAACCGGCGUAACAACGUCAUUUCCUCCAAACGCCAUGUCUUUAAAUUCGUACACCGAACCAAUAAUAUUAAUAGAAAAUAAUGACUGGAGGGCUAAGAUGUAUGCGAAAGUCCUUGGAACAUAUCAAGUUAAAACCGUUAAAAGUCUUACUGAAGAAAUUUUAACCUUGACGAGUGACUCGCCCAUAACUGUUAGAGGACAUUACAUUGUAGGAGCAUCUUUCAACAAAACAGCAGCAACUGCUUGGUUUAAUGGUGAUCCUUAUCACGCAGUUUCGCUGUCUCUUGGUCUCGUGUUGAAUACAAUCUAUAAGGAAACUUUUGGAAAGAAAAAAUCGAUCAAUUUCAUUAAUUAUCCGCUACCUCUCAGUACAGAUGCCCAGCUCAAAGCGUCGCAAAAUAACAACAUGAGGUUUGGAAUGCAGUUGGGGUUAGCGGGAACAAUUGUUGUUUGCAUUUUUAUAUUAUUUUAUGUUCGGGAGCGCAUCACCAAAUGCAAACAUCUUCAAAUGAUUUCAGGCGUAAAUCCUUUCGUAUUUUGGAGCACGUCCCUUUUUUUCGACAUCAUUCUCUUCUUUGUGAUAAUCAUUUUCUGUCUCGUCACAAUUACUGCUGGAGGUGGUUUAAAGGAGUCUACAGACAAAAUAGGUGUUUUAAUUUUAAUAUUCGCUUGUUUCUGUUUCUUCGUUUUUCCUUUUAUUUAUUUAUUUUCCCUUCUUUUUAAAAUCCCGGCUACUGCAUUUAGUAUUAUAUUCACGAUGGGAAUAAUGACUGGUAUGAUGGCACUCCUUAUAAUACAAAUAAUACGUUUACAAUACCAAUCAUCAAAUACAGCGCAAAUAAUACAUUGGAUAUUUUUUCCUUCUCCUUUCUAUAUUGUUGGUAGUGGGAUUUCCGAAGCAGAAACCAACAGCCUUAUAAGAGGUGCAUGUGUAAAAGAUAAUGUAACAGUUGAACAGUCUUGCAACCUCAAUAAAAUUUGUUGCGAUAUUGAUUACUUUUCUUCUGAAGAACAUGGAGUAAAAAUACAUGUAAUUGUGUCGCUUAUUAUGUCAAUUGUUCUCCUAAUCGUUAUUUUUAUCAUCGAAUAUGGUUUCUUCGAUUUAUCGUGCGCAACAAAUACCAGUCCACCAUCUCACGUAACUCUUGAAAGUGAUGUUCAGGCUGAAAACCAAAAAAUCAAAAAUACCCCCGAAGAUGUGUUACGACGCGAUUUCGCUGUGGUUCUCCGCGACGUCACCAAAUAUUACAAGAAGUUUCUUGCCGUAAACCACCUCUGCCUAGGAGUCAAACCUAACGAAUGUUUCGGAUUGUUGGGAGUCAAUGGUGCUGGCAAGACCACAACUUUUAAAAUGAUGACUGGAGAUGAACGUAUUUCUUCCGGUGACGCUUGGAUCCAAGGAUUUAACGUAAAAACACAACAAAAGCAAGCCCAGAAGUACAUCGGUUACUGUCCACAAUUUGAUGCGUUACUGGACGAUUUUACGGCCAAAGAAACGUUGGUGAUAUUUGGCCUUAUACGAGGAGUACCUUUUGGUGAAUGCAUCUCUUUGGCCGAACGUCUUGCUGAAGAAUUUGAUUUUUCCCAACAUCUUAAUAAAACAGUGAAAACUCUUAGCGGAGGCAAUAAGAGAAAGUUGAGCACAGCUAUUGCCCUGAUAGGAGAUCCUCCGGUUAUUUUUCUCGAUGAGCCUAGCGCUGGAAUGGAUCCAGCAACAAAACGGUUUCUCUGGAACGGUCUCGCAAAAUUGAGAGAUGCCGGAAAAUGCUUGGUCUUAACUUCUCACAGUAUGGAGGAAUGUGAGGCAUUGUGUACGAGAAUUGCGAUAAUGGUCAACGGUACCUUUCAAUGUCUUGGAUCCAGUCAACGACUUAAGAGUAAAUUUGCACAAGGAUAUCUACUUACAAUAAAAAUCAUAAAACAUGGGGAUAAAGCGUUUGUUGAGGAUCAAAUUGCAGCGAUCGAUGGUUUCGUUCAAAAGCAUUUUCCGGGGUCUGAGUUGAAAGAAAGGUAUCAAGAGUUGGUGUCUUAUCAUUUGGUGAAUCCAAGAAAUUUACCUCUAUCGAAAAUGUUUGGAAUUAUCGAAGCAGUGAAACGACAACUUAAUAUUGAAGAUUAUUCUUUGGGACAGUGUAGUUUGGAACAAGUGUUUUUAAGUUUUGCAAGGGAUCAAAAGGAUUAAGUUUUUUCUGUAUAUGUUGUAAUAUGUGUAUCGUUCCGUUUAAAAUAAAUAG